AUGAUGUUGGACGAUGACCUUGGUGAUGGAGCUGAAGAAAUGGACAUGGGAGACGAUGACCAGAUUGAUUAUCCAGUGGACGAAUUACUUGAAUUUGGUGAUUCAGGUGACGUCGAAGAUGCAGCUUCCGAAAUGAGACAAAUGCUUAGAGAUGCUUCAACUCCAGCCCUUCUUCAUGUUGCUUCAGCUUGUGUGUCACGCUAUUCAAAUCUAGCAUUCAAACGGUCUUUGUUAUCCCUCGAUGAAUCGGUGGCCGAGUCUGCAAAUUCAAUAUGGACAUAUAAUAAAAACAAUUUUUCCACACAUCAUUUCUGCAACAAAUGUGGAAAAGUUGCACAAAAUUCUAAGAAAUGCAAACAUUGUGGUGGUCCUGUUGCCUCCUUUGUCCGGGUUGGAUCGUUUACCCAAAUUGUAGAGCUCGUCGAAACUUACAUGGAUGACAUUCUGGAGCUACGGGAACAGCUGAAAAAUGAUCGAAAUCUUGAACAUAACCUGGCUAGUCCAUUUUUCUCUAGUUUCCGAGAAACUGAAUCUCCGAAUCGUCUUCGUCUGUCCUUGGUCGUAUCGAUUGACGGAGUGCGCAUUUCUGGAAAUAAGAAGAAGCUUUGGCCAGUCAGUUACAUCAUCUUUGAUCUGCCAACUGGACUGAUGCAGAAGUCUACAAACAUUGUACUAGGUGGAAUUGUAGAGUGUAGUGAAAAUCCAACUACAACUCUGUGGAAUGCACUUAUUCCGUUCAUACUAUCUGAUGUAGAAUCACAUACUGGAAAAGUCAGAAAUACAUCAUUCACUUGCCACAUUCGACCAUGCUCAGCCGAUCAGCCCGCAAAGCGGGCUUUCUUUGGUUUCAUGGCACAUCAGUCGGCAGAGUCAUGUUUUUUUUGUAUGUCGCCAGGAACUUUGUACAAAUUUGGUGAUCGAAAACGCCGUGAGGAACGCCCUGGAUAUGAAACAAUCGUGGAUUCAGAGCAGGGUGUGCAUGGUUUUGGUCCAAUUCCAGCAAAAAUUGUUCCCCACGUUCUCCCGUACAAUACACCAAUCGAUAUUUUGCACAACUUGGGAGAGGGAAUCUAUACAUUCAUUAGAAAAGAGUUGUUGUUGUCUGAAUUCAAAAAGAUCAAGCCUAGAUCACCUCCUUUUUCGAACAAUAAAGGAGUCCUCAAAGAAGCAUUUCGAAAAGUUGUACUACAUUCAAAUUUUACAAACGUGGAAGCAUGUCGGAAUGGAACGGACAAGACUAAUUUCUUUCGAAUAGUCAUCUGCUUAGUUGCUCUGAGCUUCGACACUCUUUCUCCUGAGGCCCGGGUUGUUAUUGUAGGACUAGGAAUGCUGGGAAAUGAGAUGUAUACGAACUCGAAAGCCUCUUGUUUGUUUGAGCAGCAAAUGGCAGCCGGUGCAGCAUGGUUUCUAUCCGAAGCUAACGUAGAGUAUCUUUCCAUCAAAGCUCAUGAAGUACUUUUUCAUCUGCCAGAAAUUAAUGAGUUGUUCGGUAAUACUGGAUCACUCUCAACAUUUUCAUUCGAAAGCUUUUAUCAAUUUGCUCUUUGUGGAUACAGUAGCCGUACGACACGCAGUUUUGUUCAGAACGCGUCGACUAAGGUACUACUUCAUACAAGCAUCAGACGGGAAAUCGCAUUUCGAGUAAUCAACGAACCCACCACAGCUCUGCAAAAGUUUGUGGCAUUGACGCCGGAUAUUGUACCAGUUAAAUCUACAUGGAAGAAUGAAAAGACAUUCGGGGUGCGGAUAGCAGAAAUUAAAUUUCUGAAAGUAAUGAAAAUUAGCUUCUUGAAACUAAUAUAA